AUGGCGUUCCUUCAUGGUGUUUUAAGUAACAUUAAGCCUAAAUUAGGCUUACAUAGUCAUCACAUUAAUGAAGCUAUAAGGCUUCUUAACGCCCAUAAACACCGUGGCAAAGAGGGUUUUAAUGCUGCGAUUGACAAGGUGGUCCAGGGGGUGAGGCAGUAUAAUGAGGGUGUGAAGGCGUCGAACAAAAAGGUGAGUGAGCCAAUGAAAAAUCUUCAGAGGGAGAUGGAGACUCUUAAAAUACAGGUAAGUAAAAUUACUGAUUUUCAUUCUGCUUCAGGUACCAUGACGCGUCUUACACUGGAGGAACUGAAGGCGGGGGAGGCCGCAGAAGCCCAGAAGAUCAAAGAGGCUGAAACAGCCGUGAGUUCGAUUAAUGAGCUGCUUAAGCAAUGCGAAUCGAACGCCAACAAAUUCAAUUCCGAUUUAGAUAUUAGCAAACGUGACGUAGAAAACAGAGUUAAUGAUCUUAGCAGUAAUCUAUCACUUAGAGUUAAGCACGUAAUAGGUAGCGUGAAGCACGAAACUGAGCGGCUUGAUAAGUUGUCUAAGGAGGAACAGAGUCAGCUAAAUGAGACGAAAGAGAAAAUCAAAGCAACGCUGGACGAGCUUGGCAGGCGGAUUAAUAUGCAAAUUAGUGAGCAGGUGAAGGAGGUAACUAAAAAGUGGAAAGCAAGCGUGCAAAAUUUUUUGGUCGAGCUCAACGAGAUUUAUCUAAAACUAGGAGAGUACGUGAAGGAGUUGGCCUCAUGGAUUGAGGAGGCGAAGAAAGUCAUUGAAUUUGCUGAGCAGAAUCUUAAGCAGAUAUCGUGUGAGGUGACGGUGAACGAAGAUGGCACAAAGCCGAAAAGAUGGAAUGAGAUUGAUCAGGUUACCACAACGAUUGGGAGUAAAGCCGAGGAGCUGCAUGGGAAAUUCAACGAGAUGAAGGACAAGUAUGUGAACGCUUGCGACAUAAUUCACGGUGAUGGUAGUGAAAAUGUUAAUACAGGGGGCGUCGUGGGAAAGCUUAGAAAUCUCCAUAGUAAUAUUACGGAGAAAGUGCCUAAUGAUGUGAAAACGCUUACGCACCACCAUGGUAAAUGGAAGUUGUCAACUCAGAUGUGGCGAUUCAAAACGGAAAUCCAACAAAACGUUGAGAAUUACUUGCAAUCUUUGAAGCAGGCACUGGAUCAGGGAAUUGCAGAGAGGGAAAAUCACGGUACUGUUACUGCUAAUAACGCCCCUGCUCUGGAAGCUCUGUCAAAAAAUGAGGAAUUAAAAAAGAAAUUGGGAAAGCUGGGAGGACUGUUUGAGACGGCGAAAGAAGACAUUGUCCAAGGUGGCCUUGGGUAUAAUAUAGAGAGCAUUAUAAAUUGCCUUAAAGAAGCGAAGAAGGAUUGGGGGUCUUCCUCUACCAGACUUCUGAUCGAUGCCCUAAAAGAGGCGAUCAGUGAAAAGGCCAUUGCCGUAAACGACAAAUUUGGCGAACUCCUCCAAAAAGCAAUUCAACAAGGUGUCUCUGAGCUUCAGCUGGAAAUGGAUGGGUUAGUUGGACAAUUUGAUGAUAUCACUAAGAAUGUGAUUACGUCACUCGAAACGCUAGCCCAAGCCGCGAGAGGCGCCGUUGAGCAAAAUGCCGGCAUGGUAGUCGGCAAACUUUAUGACCUGUGCGAAACCAUAAAGAGCCAGGGCAGAUACACCAAAGAGCGAUUGGAAGAAUUGAAGCGUUUAAUGUUCACUGAUUACAUUACAAUUAACCGCAAGGACCAGAUGGGACUAAACGAAAUUAAAAAUAAGCUUAACAAUCUCCACAAAACGCUGCUGGAGGGUCCCAUCAAGAAGGCGGAAACGUUACUUAGUCAGGAAUCACAACAGUUUGAAAGAGAUUGCAUCAGUUACCUCGCAGAUCACGUCCACAAACAACUCAAGCAGGCCACCGAUGAGCUCACGACUCACGCGAGGAGGCAAUACGUCAACUCACUGAAAACUCUGCUCACAGAGUUCGCCGCGAAAUGCCUGAGUGACCUAAAUGGCCUUCCAAAUGAGGUCACAAAGGACUCCGAUAGGGGCGUUAAAGGUUUUAUGAAUAAGUUCGAAGAGAAGUUUCUGAAGGACGAAAAAGCAAUUGAGGGUAUCAAGAAGAUUAAGACUGCGCCGUCUGCAGAUAAAUCUCCACUCAGCCAGGCCGCUGGAAAAUUAAAUCACGCCGUCAAGCGCUUUUUUCUCUAUUACCACAAACACGUAGAUUUUGUAUCAGACUUCAGAAAAAUUGAGGCAUCGAAGGAUGCAUUGCAGAAAAUGCUGGCAGAGCUCAUAACAUCGCAGCACUUCAGCCACGAAUUUAGCAAUAACUUACAAUCACUUACUAAUCAACUUGGCGAGCUUCACCCAUCUGAAUUCGGUGCAUCUUCGACUCCCAUGUUACAGUCACUUAAGGAGGGAAUAAUUGCCCUAGUCGGCGAACUAGGCAGGGCGUACGUCUCGCGGUAUUCGCAGAGGACUAUCGAGUGGGACAAAAUCGGCCAGGCAGAGAAAGAAAAGUACGCUAAAAUCGCCUUGACCCUUACGCCAGUCGUGUAUCAUGAAUUAACUGCGCUGAAGGAAGGACUUGAGAAUGGUUGGGAAAGUUACAAAAUAUAUGACUCUUCUAACUCCAAUCACAGUCUGCAUAAAUUAUUCUUCGCUUACAACGGGUAUGAUGUUGGCCGCCCGGCCGAAAGCCCAUAUGGCGAGUUAAAUCACAAAAAAGAUUUCAAUGGUAGUAAUAUUCUUGCACAUCUUAAUAAUGAAAGACAUAAGCUGUAUAGUAAAAUUACAACUCCCAUCACCGUUAUGUCUGAUUCCCAAAUCCAGUCGGAUGAGCCUCCACUCACCAUUGAAGAGGAAAACGGUGUCGUCCGACAACUAUUUGAUCACCUCAAUAAAUACUUCGGAGUCUGUCACUUAAAUUACAUUGACAAACCCAGGUCACCGUGUAGCAUCUAUGACAUGUCCCUAUGGCUCUCCGGCCUUCCGCAUAAUCCUGUUUACGAAAAGCUUAAGCAGCAGAUUAAGACUAUGUUCGAAGUGCCAAGUGAGACAGAUCCUUCUCAGAAAAUUGUUGCGCCCGUUAAAGCCUAUCCGCAACAGUUUACAAACGAACACAUCCAUGAUGCACUUGAUAAAGUUACAUCCCACGCUUACAUGCUUCUAACUGGCGUCGUAGGGCAUGGUGAUGCUGCAACGUUUUACGCGUGUGACUUCCCUACUAACUCUAUUAGCUUGUAUUAUCCUGCCUCCGGCGCGGAGUGUCUCGACAUGUUGCUUGAUAUACUACGUAGAAUGUUCCCCGUCCUUACAUUCUUGCAUACCCAGUGUAGCCUGCGUGAUAAGCACGGUGGUUGGCGUGACUGCUACUACGGCAAGGAUAUCAAGUCAACCAAAUUAGCGUGCAACGAGCAUGUUACCGACAAAGCUAGGUGCCAACCAAACUGCCAGGCAAGCACCAAAGCAAAUUGCCAACCUACGUCUCCACUUAUGUCUUACUUAAACGAUAGCUUACAUGGUCACUUGCCUCAUGAUGUAACCUCUAUUGGCUGCAAAUCAUCGUGCAACACCUGCGCCAAUUCUCCGCCAGGAAUGCCGUGUCUACCUCCCCUCGGUUUCAGAGCGUUCUCGAAUAGCACGCAUACAGGGAGAGACCUGUGUGAACUGCUGGCAGAAUUGGUCGGCAAGAGGGGAGUAGUAACCAAACUCUAUGCGCCACUGGCUUGCCUUCUCAACCGUGCACCUAAGACGUUCCCUGAUCUGUUUGCUUUCUAUUACAGACUAGUAAGGACGUGGACCCAAGCGUCAGAAUAUCGUAAGAUAUCGCAGUCUAUCCAAAAUGACAUCCGCAACGUCAUCGUACAGACCGUGUCCUGUAAGGACGAAGAUGCCGGCAGAUUCAUGGACGCUUGCCUAAAUUUCAACGAAUGCUCAUCGCACUUUAUGCACGACAAAAACACUGGUAUGGAUAUCAGUUACCUCGUUGGCUGCGGUCAGUCCGACUGCGGUUACAUCAUGCGCCCGCUCAACGCCUCGGCCUACAAUGUGUUUGCUCCUAAGUUUGCCAGCAGUUAUCUGUCAUGGUUGCUCUACGCUUGUUCAAAUAUUUACAACUUCCUCGAUCAGCUGAAAAAUUCUUUCUGCGACAUUUCCUGCUACGAUCACCAGUGUGGUCCAUGCCUCAACAGUGCCGGUUGUGCAAAAGACAAGCACGGCACAAAGCCAUGUGGAUGCUCAUCCAUUGUCCAGUGCCGAGGAGUCUCAUCAGUGUUUUACAGGUAUGGCUUAGCAUAUGCCGAUGCCGCCGGCAGAAGCCAAAUCAAAUGUCAGGAUUUCUGCGCAGCAUUGGACAAAAUAUUGCAAUCGCAAACGCUAAAGAAUUUCUUGAGUGCCAUCGAUGAGUUCAUGUUCACCGUCAGAAAAAAUUUCAUUUGGACAUUACUAGGGCUUUGGGCAUUUUCAUUCCUCUACCUGCUGCACAUCCUCGUCGUCCGUCUCGACGUCCUCCGCAUCCGCUCCCACCUGAGAUCACCCUCAAGCCACCGCAUCGCCGCCCAGUCGCUGCUCGCCGCCGCACGCGUCAGGGCACUCGCCAACGUCAAGUACUUCUCACCGUAA